AUGCCGCCACGCGCUCGCCGCCACCGUGCCGCCGCCGCCGCCGCGAUGCCAAAGGACAACCUUCAACACUACGUCGACGGCGACUCGCUUCUCGGCAUCAUUCAAAUCAUUCUGCUGUUCAUCAGCCACUAUCCAAUCAGUCGCAUCGAUGAGUACGUUCCGAUCAUAUUCGCCGCGAUUCUCACGUUCCUUCAAAUGUACCUUGUGCAAUAUCGACGCGCGUAUCGUUUGAUCUACUGCGCGCGAAACGCCGUCAACAUUUCGAUAUGGUUCGGCAUUUUUGCGGCGUCGCCGUUCGGUGCCAUCAUCUUCUACGUGAUCGAGGCGAUUCGCCUCGCCAUCUUCAUCAUCCUCAGAUCAGCAUAA